AUGCCAAAGACCGAUCCAUCCAGUGAGGUCAUCUCCACCGUCCCUUGCCGUCUUCCGCCAUACUGGGAACGCAACCCUGCCGUGUGGUUUCUGCAAGUGGAAUCUCAAUUCCAUCUCUCAAGAACCACCUCACAACAGCGGCGACUCCGCCACGUGGUCGGUGCACUCCCCUCAACAGUUGCAGAAACGGUAGUCGACUGCCUCGUUUCGCAAAAUUCCCCGAGAAGACAAUACGACCAGCUCAAGGCAGCCAUCCCAGAAAGGACCGCUGCGUCAGAGAGUACCAGAAUACAGCAGCUACUCUCAGCAGAAGAGCUUAGAGACCGAAGUCCAAGCCAGUUUUUGCGGCGAAUGACGCAUCUUCGCGGCACUAGUGCGACAACAAUGGACACUGCAGUGCUACGUGAACUUUUCCUCCAACGACUGCCAUACCACGUCCAAAUGGUGUUUGCUCCAGCCACAGCCAUGAUUUUGACAUCACUAACUGCGCUAGCUGAUGAAGUUAUGGAAGUGGCGACAACAAGUUUACCAGUCGCCUCCAUCAGCACACCCACGCAAUCGACAUCACCAACCACUCCUGCCACCUCUGCUUAG